GUGGAACAAACAAAACCAUGAAGCUAACUUGAACUUAAAACGAAACAGAAUCCACCCUGUUUUCUCACCUUUGUUGUAACCUCUUCUCCUUUCUCUCUCUUCUUUGUGUCAUGCAAUUUCUUCCCUGUUCUCUUUCUCGGGUACUUCCCCUCUUUGUCUCUCUCUCUAACUGCAGGGUAUCCCGUGUUCAAUAAUUAUUCUCACCAAAUCCCAACCCAGUUCUGAAUUUGAUUUGGUUAACGAUACCAAGAUCCAAGCAUAAAGUUUGUUUUUUUUUUUCCUUUUGGGUGGAACAAAGUUUGAGCCUUUUUCCGAAAUUUAUCUGCUUUGUGAUAUUAACUGCACUCUCUUCCUUGUGGGGUUUCUGCGCAGAUUAAACUUGGGAUUGUUUGAUUAUUCCGAAAUGACCCCACACCACUUAGUGUUAUGAUAACUUGGAACCUGUUGCACGCAAGAAUAAGUUGGACACACGCAAUAGCGCUAUUAUUUCUUCAUUUUUUGUUGUUGGUCAAAGAAAUAGUACCUGGAAGCCCUGAAUAUUCAAGCUGUGAUAUGGGGUACCUCAAUUCAGUCUUAUCCUCUUCAGGCCAGGUUCAUGCCACAGAAGAUUCACCUGUCAGUGGAGGGGGCCUCAGUCAGAAUGGCAAAUUCAGCUAUGGGUAUGCUAGCUCCCCUGGCAAGAGAUCUUCAAUGGAAGAUUUUUAUGAGACAAAAAUUGAUGGCGUUGAUGGUGAAAUUGUUGGCCUUUUUGGAGUUUUUGAUGGUCAUGGAGGUGCUCGUGCUGCCGAGUAUGUCAAGCAAAACCUGUUUAGCAAUUUGAUCAGACAUCCAAAAUUCAUUUCUGACACCAAAUCUGCAAUAGCUGAUGCAUAUAACCAUACCGACUCUGAGUUUCUGAAAUCUGAAAAUAAUCAAAACAGAGAUGCUGGAUCAACUGCUUCCACAGCCAUUCUUGUUGGAGAUCGUUUGCUUGUUGCAAAUGUUGGGGAUUCCAGAGCUGUUAUAUGCAGGGGUGGAAAUGCCAUUGCUGUUUCCCGAGAUCACAAGCCGGACCAAACUGAUGAGAGGCGAAGGAUUGAAGAUGCAGGUGGCUUUGUUAUGUGGGCUGGAACUUGGAGAGUUGGUGGCGUUCUUGCUGUUUCUCGUGCAUUUGGUGAUAGACUCCUGAAGCAGUAUGUUGUUGCUGAUCCAGAAAUCCAGGAAGAAAAGGUUGAUAGCUCUCUUGAGUUUCUCAUAUUGGCCAGUGAUGGGCUAUGGGAUGUUGUCUCAAAUGAGGAAGCUGUUUCCAUGAUUAAACCGAUUCCGGACGCGGAGGAGGCAGCAAAGAGACUGAUGCAAGAAGCAUACCAGAGAGGUAGUUCUGACAACAUUACAUGCGUGGUUGUUCGUUUCUUGUCGAACCAAGGUGCUUCUUCUCACAGUAACUCUGGCUAAGUGUUGAAUUAGAAGAGCAGUGUGUAUCUGGAGAUAGAUAAGAAAAGGUGGGACGAGGCAAAAUCAGUUUGUUAUAGUUGGUGAGAGACAUUCCUUGUAGCUGUGUACCAUGCAAGAACAGAAAUCAAAUUUGAACUCAGUAUGGUCCUCUAGCAUAGAUGUUUUCACAUUCAAACCAUAUCACUCCAUAAUUGUAGCCAGGAAAAAAUAGCUGUGCAAAGAGUUUACAGUGUUUGAAUUGCUCACACAUGACAUGAUGUUUGUAAAUGUGGUGUUGAUCCUAUUAAUCCCUUCUCUCCCAAACAAACUACUAGUGUGCUUGGUUGAACUUAUGUUCCCUUUUCAUUGUUAAUCUGGUUUUACAGUGUUAGUCCCAUCCCAUGUAACAUCCACACUCAUGUUCUACUUUAAUAGUGGCUUUCAUCAACUGUACAAUAAUCUCAAUCUGGUUAGAAAAAAUGUUCUUUCUCU